GCCGUCCUCUCGGUCUUCUUGAUUGUGUUUGUUAUUUGCAGACCAGUGCCGAGAGAGAUAAGAAAGUAGGCAGCACAGGUCGUGAAGAAGAGACACAGAGAGACGAGGGCCGCGACAAGGUUUACGACGUAUUUUUUGCUCUUGAUGUAGAGGAAUUCUAGUUUCCCUCGUCACAGCACGAUGUUUAAUCAAAUUUUCCAGGACCUUGUCUCCUUUCCUGAAUACCCCUUGAUUUCCAACUUCCUAUUCCGCCCCAUUGAUAAAACCCAUUCUUAAUACAAAAAUCGGCAAAAUCUCUAGCCAAUUGCCCAUGGCACUGCGGGCACUAGAUCGGUUGCGGCCAUGAGGGAAGGUCUGUGAAAGCUACUUAUUUCUAGUAUUACCUAAAGCUACAAGCUGAAGCUACUUCACGCCUGCACGGGCAAAAAGUUGUAGUAACAGAAAUCGCCAUGGCGGCCCUGGCGCACGCGAUUCCCGGGGAGGGGAACGACGUGAUAUUGCCCUACCAUGUAUCGCAAGAGAAAAGUGUUACAGUUACACAUUGUGUUGCAGGCCAAGCAAGACAGACAAGCUCUGUGAUGCCGGAUAUGCAUAGGAGCCUCGUUUCAUAGGUGUUUUCCCGUAGGAUUUCUGCAUUACAAGUUUUCUCUCUCAUGCAGAGAAAUUUGCGUUGCUGAAUUGACUACAAAUGUGUAACUGUAACACUUUUUUCCUUGGAUACCAUGGCGUGGUGGAUUACUCCUUCAAGGAAUUGAAAGCCGUGGUGGAUGUAGGGAACGAAAUGCCAAGAAAUUCCGAUGUCUUGGGCAUAGAGGCGAAGUUGAAGGUACUAUAAUUUGGAUAGAGUUUUACGACGUUUUUGAAGUAGAAAAUGCUCGUCUUUGUCAUGCAAAAAACCGAAUCCGACUACGAUUUUCACUUCUGUGAUGCACAACAUUCAUUGUGGUUGUCACCUAUCGAUUCAGGAGCGGUUCCGGGAAACAGCAGUGGACGCGGCGGUGGCCGCGAAACUGGGUUCCCCAAAAAGGUUGAUCAAUAAGAAGCAGAUCAUCGGACUCAGGCUAAACAACAACCACUUGACGGACCUGCACGAGAUAAACAAGCAACUCGCCAUAAUACCCAAGAGCCCAAUACCAAAACCAGGUACAGAAAUUACAGCGUACUUUUGAUGCAGAUCUUGCAAGAAGCGUAUGGCAUGAGUGAUUUUUUUUGAUGUGAUGCAUAAAUUUGUCCAAUACAAAAAAAACAGAAUUGUCGCUGAUGUGGCUUGACGUCAGCUUCAACCAGCUGACUACGGUGGACAAGAGCUUGCUGACCUUGGAGAACCUGAAGUCACUGUAUAAGUAAUUUUUUUUUGUCUUCGUUCAACUUCAUGGGCGGCGCGCAACACAGAUAGGUUCAUGCACGAAUGCAUUCAAUAAAUCAAAUCAGCCACUGUGAUGAAAAUUACGAAGAAAAAUACCAUCACAGAUACAUGCACGGCAACAAGAUCGGAAAUCUAGCGCAGAUGGAGAAAUUAAAAUCCCUGCACUGCCUCGAAAAAUUAACGACAAACGGCAACCCGUUCGAGGCAAAGAAGUUUUACCGGCAAUUCAUCGUCGGCUGCGUACCGCAGUUACGGAGUCUGGAUCACACGAGUAUAUUAAACGUUAGUUUACUCUUCUGCUCGAUUGAGUUUGUCAUGCAUAGUGUUCAUUAUACAGUUUUGUGUUUUGAUUUCUCAUGCGAAAUAAAUGCUCAACAUGCACAUGCUAUACAAACCCCUGCAAAAAAUAAAACAGGUGUGACCAAAGACGAGCUUGGGCGGGGUAUCCGAUUCUACGCGAAUUACGUGGUACAGCGCGAGGAGGCUAGAAUAGCGAAGAAAGAGGCAGCAGAGGCGAACUACUAGAUUGAUGAAAAAAUGCCAUACAAGAAUUCCACGAGAGCUGUUCGAAGCAGCAGCAGCAACAGGACAAGUUGAAAUGCACAAUUGAGAGCACGACGAAUUUUCUCAAAGUAUAGUACCGUACCAACAUCUAUAUCGGCACAAUUGAGUUUAAAUCAGAACACCACGCAAAGUGAUUUGUUACCACAGGAUGCUGAAGUGAUGUUGACCGAAUCAAAUCUAGUGGCAAAUAACUUUUCGAUGAGAACAAACCUCUACACAGUAAGGUAACCUAACCUAAUAUCGCGGGCUCAGCGGCGUCUAGUUGUUUUCACUGUACAUAUAAGAGCCACCUUGUAGGAAAAUGCUUUGUAGAAAAUGCAACAGAAACAAAACCUUCUCUUCCUUGGGUGGUGGUGAAUUCACCACACCUGAGACGAGGAAGACGAUUGAACUUGUGCUACGUUUCCGAGGAACACCCUGUACCAUAAGUCAGACAAAU